CUGGAGGUCGUGCUCCGGGUGCAUGGAAGUCGUAUUCUAGACUUGUUGGUCUUGCUUCAAACUCCAUUUGAGUGAGAGGAAUUGGCAACUGACAAUGAAGUCUUAGUCAGGAAUAUGACAGAGUUGUACAUGGUCUUGAUGGCCUCGCCUACAUAUUGAUGCCAAACCUCACUGCCUGGCCAUAUGCGUAGUCGCCCUCCUGGGACUAAACAGGAUUGCCUUUGUGAGCUGUCUUCGACGAUAAAUUGUACACGGUACCACUCUCGAUUCCUGAAGCCAUCGUUAUUUUCCGGACCGGUCUCACAGUUUAAUGGGUUCAAUCCGGGCAAAGCGAGCUCUGAGGAUUGGUGUCGAUGUCGGAGGCACCAAUACAGAUGCUGUGCUUCUUGACUUGGACGCAGUUCAUCAGCCCAAUCGUGGAGUGCUGGCCUGGCAUAAGACACCAACGACAAGUCCCAACGUCACUGAUGGGAUCGAGACGGCCGUAGGGAACGUGCUGAAACAAGCCAAGGACCGGGUUUCAGAAAUUUCCUGCCUCAUUGUUGGGACAACACAUUUCUUGAACGCGGUCAUUGAACGGGAUGUACACCGACUGUCGAAAGUCGCCGUCAUUCGGCUGUCCAGGAGUUAUACCAGAGAUAUCCCUCCCUUUUCGGACUUUCCUCCAGUGUUGGCUGACCUUCUUCACGGCUACCAUGGGUAUGUCGACGGAGGUCUCCACAUUGACGGCGCCCAAGAAGCUCCGAUCAACGAAGAGCAAGUGCUGAAAGAGUGUGAGGCGAUUGAGAGGCUCGGGAUCAACGCCGUCGUGAUCUCGGGGAUUUUCUCCCCCAUCGACCAGCAUUUCCACCAGGAGAGCCGCGUUCGCGACAUAAUACAAAAGCGACUAAGCAAUGUCGACGUUGUUUGCUCCUCCGAAGUCUCGAAUAUCGGUUUAUUGGAACGGGAAAACGCUUCCAUCUUGAAUGCAUCGAUUCUGAAGUUUGCGAGACGCACGAUUCGUGGCUUUCGAGCUGCUAUGAGGCGGCUGAAGCUCGACUGCACUCUAUUCAUCUCGCAGAACGACGGUACCGUCCUCGAUUCCGUCUCGGCCGCAAAAUUGCCAAUCAAGACAUUCUCUUCAGGUCCCACAAACUCUAUGCGAGGAGCUGCCUAUCUUGGCCUCGGGCAACUGGGACUACAGGGCGAAGAACGAACGUCGACAAUUGUAAUUGACGUUGGUGGUACAACAACGGAUUGCGGCGUCCUUUUACCAUCAGGAUUUCCGCGUGCAGCUUCGGCCUACGUCAGUGUAGCAGGGGUGACAAUGAACUUCCCUAUGCCUCACCUGGAAUCGAUCGGCCUCGGGGGAGGUUCAAUAAUACGCGAGCGUGGAACGGAUGUCUCCAUCGGGCCGGAUUCGGUCGGAUACCAGCUGACCACUAAAUCGAGGGUAUUUGGCGGUGACACCUGUACAGCCACCGACGUUGCGGUUGCUGGCGGCCUUGCAGUUGGAGAUCCAAAGUUGGUUGGCGACAUCCAGCCUGAAAUGAUACAGCGCGUUCGUGCAAGGACGAAGAAGAUGCUUGAGCGUGUCAUCGACCGACUGAAGCUCACCCCAGCACCAUUGCCGGUCCUUUUAGUUGGUGGAGGCUCUGUUAUCUGUCCGCUGGAACUCGAAGGGGUGUCGCAGGUUGUGGUACCAAAUUUUCAUUCCGUGGCGAACGCUGUUGGAGCAGCGAUAUCGAGGGUUUGCGGCUCGGUGGAUGCUAUUUACAGCAUUACAGAUAUGUCCUUAUCCGAAGUCAUAGAGGACGCAAAAGCCCAAGCUGUUGCAAAAGCCGUGAAGGGAGGAGCCGACUCAAGUACCGUGACCGUGGUUGAAAUCGACACCCUGCCGAUACCAUACGUUUCUGGACAAAUCCGCGUCCUGGUCAAAGCAGUCGGAGAUCUGUCUCUUGACUAUGUCGCUGACAGCAAAACCCUCCCUGAGGCGGAAGACGACGCAAGUGAAACUCUUGCCGACCAGGUCAAGGACAUCUCAUUGUCUUCGAAGGAAGAAAUUGCCCGUGGCAAGUUCGAUUUUGACGCAUACCGGCCGUUGGUCAGACGAAAUACGGACACUGGUGUCGAUGAGUGGAUUGUUUCAGAAACCGAUCUGGAGUGGCUCAGUGUAGGAUGCUACAUCUUGGGUUGUGCUGGUGGCGGUUCACCCAAAGCUGAAUUCCUCAAACUUCGGGAUCAAGUCCGAGCAGGAGGCAAGGUUCGUAUAAUCGAUAGCUCCUCCUUACGGGAGGAUGCGCUCGUAUACUGGGGCGGUAUGAUGGGAUCGCCAGCAGUGUCGAUUGAGCGAUUGAACUCUUCGGAAUGCAUAACUGCCGUGGCAGACCUGAUGGAGUAUCUAGGCCACAAAUCAUUCGAUGCUGUCAUGGGCUUAGAGAUCGGAGGAGCCAACGGUUUAGAGCCAUUGCUAAUCGGCUCUUCUCAGGCGUUCAAUAGACCAGUGAUUGACGCAGACUGGAUGGGUCGAGCAUAUCCGACAUAUUGGCAAACCACAAUCGCGGUCCACGAAAGUGGGCAGCUGACACCGUGCGCGAUUGCAUCAGGCGACGGUAAAACAAUCAUCAUGACAAAGUCGCCUGACGAUGAAAUAGUUGAUCGAGCCUUGCGAGCUUCUUGCUCGGAGAUGGGAUCUCGAGUGGGCAUGGCAGCCAAGCCCACAACGACUGACCGUGUGAGAUCUUAUGGUGUCAUCAACACUCUCUCGCUCUCUUGGCGUAUUGGCAGGACCGUGGCCCGUGCCCAACAGGAGAGCACCAUUCACACUGUUGCAGAACAAAUUAUCGACGAAGUUGGCGGCCCAACCACAGCGAAGAUCCUCUUCCGAGGGAAGAUAGUGGCAGUCGAACGAAGGGUUUUCAAAGGACAUUCUUAUGGCGAGAUAACCAUAGCCCAAACAGACGAAGACGAAGAGGAACAGAGUUACGAGAGAGCUGCAGUUGCUGAAGGAGGGGUGGUCAAGAUCCCUUUUAAGAACGAAAACAUAUAUGCAAAGCAUAUCGCCGAUGACGGAACCGAAACAUACCUGGCAACAGUUCCCGACCUGAUCUCCGUUCUCGACACUCAAUCAGGAUGCGCGCUCGGGGUUCCAGAAUUUCGAUACGGGUUGCUUGUGACGGUACUUGGGAUCACUUGCUCGCCGCGAUGGUCAGACACAAAAAGAGGUUUGGAAUAUGGCGGACCGCAAGCAUUUGGAUACAACAUAGAUUAUCGACCGUUGGGUGUGUUUGUUGAACCCAAGAGCGUUGUUAUGGAAUACGCAGAUGCGUCGGCCUGCACAGCGUGAAGGACUUGAAAGAUAGACCGUGGGUAUCCGAAGACAUGCCUGGUCAGUGUCUGUUGAGACAGAUACCUAGAUGUUCAUGUGUCUGUUAGGAUGCACCAUCGCCACCGUUGUUCAUAAGUGAGAGCUCAUUUUCAAUUCAAAAGCGUCC